UCUGAGUGUUAUCUAAAACUGCACGUUGUUGGGCUGUACAACUAUAUUAAGUUGACGGUCCAAAAUGCAGCCAAUUUGAGUUUAAACCAUAUUAAAUGUAGUCGCUUUUCUUAUGAAUUCCCUGUGCUCCAUCCACUUGCGUUGAGUGGCAACACGACUUCGAAAUAUGUUAAUAACGAAUGUGGCUAUUUUUUGUGUUUUGGGGAAAUAUUCGCGAAGCCGAUAUAGAAAACUGUGGGGAAAUGGCACAAAACCUCAGAAGUUUCGGCAGCUUUUGAGAAACCCAUUUGCGUUCUGUGAUCAGACCCAAAUGUUGUUUUUGGCAUGUUAAUUGCAUUCUGACGAUUUCGGGUUAUCCCCAUUACUGCAAGAUCGUCAGUAGUACAAGAAAUCCAAUCGACUUAGUAAAACGUACCCAAAAGUUACAACUCAUCUAACCCAUCUUCUUCAGUUAAGUUGGUAACAAGAGUCGGUCUGUCGCGAUAGAUAAGCAUUGCCGUAAUUAGAAAAACUGAAAUUUUUGUUAAAAUUCAAAAACAGUACAAAUCGCCCAUUAAUGAAUAACGUCUUCGAAUUCUUAGCAAUUGCUAAUGCGUUCAGAUUGAUUACAUUAGGUUGAUAUUGAACUUUCAUUCACAUUGUUCUUCAAAAAAUUACUCUUCUGCAUCACAAACUCAGUUUCGAAACAGCCAAAUUGUUAAUGGUAGACUAACGAUUGCCCUGUCAUACCAAUUAUUCACGCGACUAUCGUAACUAAUGGUUGGAGACUUUGUGUGACACGACUCAUAAUCGAUCACACCGGCGUAGGUAUAAACUCUCUGUCUCCCCUUAAACUGUGAGAUUAAAAUUGCUAUAUACCCUCCUUUCUAUCAACUAGUUCUUUCUUCCUGUACUAUAUGCUUAUACACAAUCUUUCCUUUAUAUAUUACUACCAUUGAAGUGACUUCUAUGAAUUCGGUGUUCAUCUUGUGCUAAUGAGGUGUGGCAACUUGGACCGAUGCAUAUAUGUGCCUGGUCCUAUGUUGUAGCUGACUGACCGAAUCAUCUAACCUAUGAAUCCAUAUUGUCAUGUAAGAAUUUAAUUAUGUACCAAGGGUAUAACAAUAAUGUUUGCUGAAUUAAAAACUUUCAGUUAGGUCUAUAAACACUUGCGAAGCCAGCUAAAAAUAUAUGGAUAAGGAAUAAUUAUUUCAGUAUAAAUGUUUACCAAGUAUCCAGAUUUGGUAUUUACCUUGUUGUUUUGUUAUCAGUGUUCACAAGAAAAUAAAUGAUAUAUCAGCUAAAACAUCUCACCAGUUUUGCAUCUUUUUUCUUCUGACUCAUGUAGUUGUAUUUUUCAUUUCCAGAUUCAUUUCUUAAAAGAUCUGCCAUGUCAUAUGCUUCAGCGGUCGAUAUUUCAAAAGUUUCUGACCCAUCGUUUGAUCAGGGUGCUCACGAAAAUAUAUUCGCUCUAGACAUCGGUGGUUCACUUGCGAAAUUAGUAUACAAACGCGUCUUCCGGUAUAGACGUUCUAUACCCCAGCAAUGUCGUAAAAGUGUCAGUGAAAAUGAAAUACCUUUUGACUUUUAUGAGUACACAGAACACGAAGACGAAGGACAAAAACUGUGUUUCAUGAAAUUUGAAACUAAGAACAUAGAAGAAUGUUUGGAUUUCAUUCUUUUUAACAUAACACAUCAAGGUGCUUCAUCCAAAAAAACAAUUAGUAAGAUCAAGGUGACUGGUGGGGGUGCUUAUCGCUAUCGUGAACUAAUUUGUUCGAAGUUGGGAGUUGAAUUGGAUAAAGAAGAUGAAAUGGAUUGUCUUGUAAGAGGAUGUGUAUUUAUGCUUCGAAACAUCCCAGAUGAGUUAUUUUAUUAUGACAAACAUGCUACUCCAGCUCACAUCUUUGUUCCAAAUUGCUUGGUGAGUACGUUCCCUUUCCUUUUGGUCAAUGUUGGGUCUGGCGUUAGUUUCUUGAAAGUUAAAAGUCCCACGUCUUACCAAAGGGUUGGUGGAACGUCUAUUGGGGGUGGCACUUUUUGGGGUUUAGGAACGCUGUUAUCUGGAGGAAAGUUUACUUUCGAUGAGCUUCUGGAAAUGGCGGAUUCCGGUGACCACCGCAAUGUUGACAUGUUGGUACGCGAUAUAUAUGGAGGUGCGUAUGAAACACUUGGACUUUCUGGGGAUGUAAUUGCGAGCUCAUUUGGUUUAGCCGCCCGUCAUCCGGAACAACCUCGUGUGUUAGGUGAUAUGGUGAAGUCCCUACUAAUUACAGUUAGCAAUAAUAUAGGUCAAUUGGCUUGUCUAUAUGCUAAACAGCAUAGCCUUACACGAAUUAUUUUUGGGGGAUAUUUUAUUCGGGGACAUGGGUUAACAAUGGAAGUAAUUACUUAUGCCGUUCGGUUUUGGUCAGGCGGAGAAUACAAAGCCUUAUUUUUACGGCAUGAAGGGUAUUUAGGGGCAGUAGGUGCAUUUCUGAAAACUUGUAAGAAUAAUAAUUCAGCGGAACGAAAAGCACUUUGGUCUGAGAACUAUGUAGUUAGCUCGAGUAAUACUCCUUUCUCUGAUAAUCCGUUUGAAUCAAAACCAUAUGCGACCAAUCACAGUAAAGGAGAAACUGAUUUCAGUAAAGUUCCUCCCCAUGAUCUGUCAAUUGUGAAUUCUUCAGUUGGUAAAGUACCGAAUCCAAAACACUUAAUAAUCGCUCAAAAAGCAGAAGAAAGCAAGUCUACUUUAAAGAGUUCUUCAAAGUCUACGUCACAGAAACACGAAAUUUCAAAACUGCCUAACUUUGAACUCGAUCGUGUAUUUACACAUUCUCUAGAAAUGUUUCAUUUUCUAGAGUCACCCGCAAAUUAUUCACCAGAUACAUGGGAUCUAACUCACGAUGAAGAAGCCAGGAUUUAUUGGUUAGGUUGUUUCGAAAGCUGUAUAGAAUAUCACAGAGCAAAAGCUGAAGAAAGUCAAUCUGACACAUUAUCAGAUGCCUCUGACCGUUCACAUCAGUUCGCUGAACGAUAUAAACGAUUCCUACGUGAAUUGAGUGCUGAUCCAAGUGGUCGUGGAGUGCUCACUGUAAGAUGCCUUUUAUCCGCUCAACAGCAUUUCUUACGUGAAUAUGGAUUUGGAGAUGUCUUUUGUUUACAGAAAAGAUUUGAAAAUCGAGGUGCUCUUUCUGCUCUUAUGGAUCGAUUAAGUGAACUUUCUAAAUUGGAUUGGUCUAAUCGUCAACUGUCUUUGAUUGAAGGUCUUUUGGCUGGUAAUAUGUUUGAUUGGGGUGCAGCUGAGGCAAUUCAAUUCCUAAAGGAAGCUCCAAAGAAUAAAUUUGGUGCCGCUGACUUUCAUGUUAUAUUAGAUAAAGUUCAGUCUAGACCUUGGCUAGUUGACAAUUAUGAUAAUUGGAUUGAUCGAAUCAGCGUGUCCGGAUCACCUUAUCGUUGUAUUUUAAUUUUCUGCGAUAAUAGUGGUGCAGAUAUUAUACUUGGUGUACUACCAUUUGCUAUGGAAUUUCUAAAUCGUGGAUGUAAAGUAAUAAUGGCGGCCAAUUCAAGUCCUGCUAUCAAUGAUAUAACUUAUCAAGAAUUGGAACUACUCCUACACAUGAUAGCAUCUUUUGAGCCUUUAAUAGCUGAAUCUCUUAAUAAUGGACAACUUAUGUUAGCUGAAAAUGGCCAAACUUCACCUUGUCUAGAUUUUCGUCUAAUUGCUAGCUCGUUGGUUCAGUUGGCAGAACGUGAACAGGUCGACUUGAUUGUCAUUGAAGGUAUGGGUCGAGCAAUUCAUUGUAAUUUAAAUGCAAAAUUCACCGUGGAUACACUCAAAAUAGCUGUGAUUAAAAAUUCUUGGCUUGCCCGAAGGUUAGGCGGUCAGCUAUAUGGUGUGAUAUUUAAAUUUGAACCUGUUUCACAGUCAAGAUAAUAAUCUGAAAAUUUUGUAAAUUGUUGUUGUAUCAAGAGAGUUGUUUACAUGAAUUAAUUAAUUGAUUCCAUAUAGUAUUAAAAAUGUAUCUAGCUCAGUUGCUGAACAAUACCUUCAUUUCUUAUAUUCCUUGCUUCUUGUUACUGUAAAUCAUGCCAUACACUACUACUUACUUAUUGUUAAAUACUUCUUCCUGAACAUUCCUUCACAAAUAUUUGAUAUCUAACUAAUUUUUUUGCAAACUACUAUCAAAGUAUACACUAGUUUCUUUCUAUUCAUCUUUAUUAUUAUUAAUAUUAUUUCUAUAUAAUUGUAAUAAUGUUACAUGAAAACAUUUCAGAUUAAUCAAAUAUUGGCUGUAAAAUUAUUUGAUUUCCUUGUGAUGUAUUCUGUUAGUAAUAAUUAUUUGAUGACUGAUAAUGUGUUUCAAUCUUAUCUUUGUUGCCAUGGUUGUUAUCUUUGAUAUUGUCAUCAUUGUUUACCAUCGACUUUUCUCGUGUGUUUUUUCUCAUUGUAAUAGUUAUAUUUUUCUCUUCCAACUUUGUAUAGAUUCGCUGUCGUUUAAUAUUAGACUUGGGAUUAAAUGUAUUUCUUAAUUAACAUGUAAACAUUCUGUGCAAAACUCAUUCUUCAAUGUAAUUUUAGUAUAUUUCAAAAUUUCUGGUCUUUUCACUAUUUUUAAAAUACAAUCUACUUUCAAUGUUUUUAAGUAGUCUUUCUACUAGUGAUAUUCUUUCUUUAUUACGCAUCUAUUUAAUUGUGUUUUCUUUUUUUAUGUAUAUUAUUCUCAUCUAGCCCUAUUAUUAAUCAUCUAAAAAAGGAUUUUAGUUUGUUUAGUAACUAAAUUUUAAAAAAGUUGUGUUCUGUGAAUUUGUGCACUUAGUUACUGUGUCAAUUUAUUUUCAAGCAAUUCCUUUUUCUUGUUAAUUGAGAAGGGAAAAAUUGACGUUUGUCCCUUUUUUUAAUAACAAAACAUUUAUCGCAUGAAGUAGCCAUUUUUUUAAAAAAAGCAACGUAUCAGUAUUUAGAUUAUCAGUAUUUGUAAAAUGUAUCAAUGAUGUUCUUACUUUCAAAUACACUUUGGAUAAUACGUUUUUUUUGUCUCGACAUUGCCUUACGUCACAAGCAUUAUAAAGAGAGAUGGAUGAUAGUUAGCAGCGGAAUAUAGGACCUUGGCACAUCCAACUGACGAGCCCCAAAUGGGACGAAACGCGUAUCCUGGAUUACAUUGCUAGCCACCGUCCAUCAUUGCCGACUCAAAUUAGGUAGCAAGAUUUCUCUCACUACCUAACAGCACCAUGUAAAAGCUUUGAGUCGGACUUUGCAGCCAUAAAGUUUGUAAUUUACAUCUAAUGGGACAUACAAAAUUCUAUUGUAUUAAUUGUUAUGAUAUCUGAUGUGCUGUAAAACUGACCUGUAACCUUUCAGAGCUUUCAACAUUAUUCUUUUAUAAUUUUGUAAAACUCUUCUAUUCUACUGUAAACGACUUACUUGCCAAACUUACCUGUUAGUGUGAUUGUACAGCAUAAGGAAAUGAUAUCAUCGAAAAGAAAAUUUUUUACAGUGA